AAGUAUUUUCUAAAAAAAAAAAAUAGUCCAAGUAUAAAAUGUAAAACUUUGUUCGAAUAGAGUUAAAUAUUUAAGGACUUCAAAAAGAAAAAAAGUUAAAUAUUUAAGUUUUUUAGGCACAGAGAUUAAAAUGAAUAAAUGAGGUAGCCAGGCAUAGGAGCAAGUGAUUAAUUAAACCUAACAGCACUAAAAAAAUACUUAAAAAUGUUGGAGCAAGAGAAUCGUUGAAUAACAAAAUUUUCCUAGAAACGUUUUCUAAUCGGUCGCAGAGAAAUGAAAAAGCUGGCAAGGAAGUUGCACAAUGAAGAAGACGAAAACUUAUCUCUUCCGGUUCACGACGGAGACUCUCGUCCCUUGGACCCUCAAGAGCAAGAAGAGCUGGUUCGUUCUCUUGAAAGGAGUCAAGCUCAGCAGAGUCGCUUAUGGAGGACGGUAUUUGCAGCUCUAUUCUUCUGUUACAUCGUGUUUCUUUUGUACUCCAUCUUCCAGCAGGCUUCAUCUCCGUGGGAACUGCGGUAUCACGCUUACUUCAUGGAGGAGAUCUACUCGUGGAUGAUUAUAUUUGCAGACUGGGUGGCUGUUUUAGCAUGCUCAUUUGCCAUCAUAGGAUUGCUUGACCAGUCAAUGCAUCGCAGGAGAUGGAUCCAUUACUCAUGGUACACUGCCGUUAUUCUGGCAAUCUUCUGGCUAUAUUACAUGUUGAGGUUGCCAAAGUUCCGUUGGGAUGUUAUAUGGCUACCAUUUGGUCCUCUUGGUGCAUCUGCAAUCUGCCUCUAUGUGGAUCAUUUACUAACUGAGUCAUCAGAAGAGGUAAGAAAGCUUCGUGGAUACAUGUAUACCUCCAAAGCAAGCUAGAAAGAUGUUCUGCCUAAGUGAUGGAGGAAUGUACAUGAGAAGCAUUUUGGAGCAUAAUGACCAGGUAAAUUAUAAAGUAUUUUCCAUCUAUCUUAUGGAUUGAGCCAAUAUCCUUGUCAGCCAACAGCACAAAACAGAGAUAAUUUCUUUUGUGGAUCCAGUUACUCUUUUUUCGUUUUUCCUUUGGUUGGAUAAAGGCAGUUGACGAAGAUAGGAACAGCCACCAGAUUAGAGACCAGCUAAUAGGAGUUAAGGUGAAAUUUGGAGGUAAUUUGUUUUUGUGAGAACUAGUAAAAGUUUUAGAUCCUGUAUUUGAGAAUAGUUUAGCAUUUAUUGGUUAGCGAGUAAAUCAGUUCUCUAUCAAUCAAUGUUUCAAUGAAUAGUUUAGCAUUUGCAUUUGGAAAAUUGCGUUGAGAUGUGUAUUACUUUUUUAUUUCCUAUCCCCACACUCUUUCUUUGGGAAAUGAUAUUUACAAGGUAAGGAUCAAGUAACUAUACAAUGCA